GGAGAGAGGUAGACUUUCAGUUCUAGCCUACACACACACAGUGAAACAGUAGACGUCCCCUUAUGCAUUUUUAACAGCUCAGCAGGUGAUGGGAACAGUUUGGUUGGGACAGUUUGUCCACAGAUAGAGUGACCAAGUGAUCAGGUGAGUCCAGACUGCUCUGUUUAUUUGCUAAUGCUUCAUUGUUUUCUAGGAAUUAUCUGGGAACUAACUUUGUUUGCAUAAUUUUACCCUGUUACCUGCACUGAACCUGAGUGAGAGUGUAGAUUUGGUGUGGAUGAGAUCACAGAACAUACCUUGGUUGUGAGAUUUGCAUGUUCCAUUUUACGGUUUAUAUAAUUGCCUCUUUUAAGUAAAUUCAGGCUAGUUUUACGGCUUAAUCAAAUGACUCGAUUAAAAAUUAAAUUCUCUUUGUAACUAUGUGCCUUUAACAUUAUAUGUUGAUAUCUGGAUUCACGGAAGUCUCCGUAAGACAGUGGCUUUACGAGGUGCUCUGCAUGCUGUAAUUACGAGAGACAGAAUUGUGUGCCAGAGUGGAUCAAGUCGAUCUAUUCAAGAUAAGGAUUUACCUUAAGGGGAUGCUCAUUCACAAAUAAAUCCUGUUCUUUUGCCCUCAGCUGUGAAUGACGUCUUUCGUCACUUUCCUGGAAAGAAAGGAUAAUACUCCAUCGUACUUCAUUCACUGAAAAAGGGCACUCUCUCUCUCUCUUUCAGAGCGUUUCUGACCACAUCCUGCUCACCGUUGACCUUGCAUGUGAAAAAAACUGUGGUGCACCUUACUCAGUCCAAGGUGCAAACCACCUGGCUUGCGUUUUUUUUUUUUGGGGGGGGGGGCUCUUGAAUCUGUCUCAGGAUCUCCUUCGGGAGACACUUGUGAGGUUUACCAAUAAUAUAGGAUGCCUGGAGCCAGUGGUGUCAACGUGGAGGGGUCUUGUGAGGCCCUGUGUCGAACCCUGGUGUCUCAGAAGGGCCUCCAGAGAGAGACGGCUGACAUCUCCCAGUCUGUCCUCUACACCUCACUGAUGGGUCUGCUCCUGGUUGCUGACAAUGAGAAAGAACAGCUCACCUUAGGAAGUGGAAGAGUUGGCCUUAGAAACAUAGGAAACACAUGUUUCCUGAAUGCAGUAGUCCAGUGUUUGUCUCACACACAUGGCCUGCGGGACUACUGCCUCCUCAAGUCCUACAGGCAUGAGAAGUUCUCCAAAGAGGAGGCUAAGCUCAUGGAAGCUUUCUCUCAGGUGCUGUCAGGCCUUUGGGAUGUAAAUGAAGGAGACACAGUUGUAAAUCCUCGACAGUUUUACAAUAUUUUCAAAGAAGCGGUGCCUCACUUCAGUGGUUACAGUCAACAGGAUGCUCAGGAGUUUCUCAGGUUCCUGUUGGACAAACUGCACACAGAAAUCAACCGCAGACCCUACGUUCGACGAACGGGGAAUGAGCUUGAACAAAAAUAUGCCAGAUUUAGACUUUCAGAAGAGGCAGUUGCCAUGUGGAAGAAGCACUUAGAGAGGGACGACAGCAGAAUAGUAGAUCUGUUCUCAGGCCAGCUGCGGAGCUCGCUGCAUUGCUCUGUGUGCUCCCACUACUCCAACACAUUCGAUGUGUUCUGUGAUCUGUCGCUGCCCAUCCCCAAGAGAAGCUCUGCAGGGGAGGUCACGCUGAGGGAGUGCCUGGACCUCUUCUCACAGGAGGAAAAACUGGACAAGGAGAAUUCACCAAUGUGUGAGAGGUGCAACAGGCGUACAGAGUGCACCAAGCGGCUGUCCAUCCAGAGGUUUCCCCAGGUUAUUGUGAUCCAUCUGAAUCGUUUCACCACAUCACGGUGGUCUAUCAGUAAAAGCACAGUGUAUGUGUCCUUCCCACUCACGAACCUGGACCUUGGACCCUAUGGACCUGUUGACUGUGGCCCAGUUCUGUAUAAUUUAUAUGCAAUAUGUAACCAUGCUGGGACGGUGAACAUGGGCCACUACACAGCCUGCUGUUCAGAUGAAAACGGCUGGUGCUUCUAUAAUGAUUCCAGUGUGACUACAGUCUCAGAGAACCAGCUUCAGACGAAUCAAGCCUAUGUGCUGUUCUACCAGCGCAGCAACAGCACUGCCACCGUCAGGAAGUAGACCUCAGACUGGUUGAAUCCGGCAGCCAAUCAGAGCAACUUUACCUCCAGUGUCCAUAGAAACAAAUAGAAGCAGCAGCGCUGUAACUCUGGCAUCCGUGAACUUCUCAAUCUCAGUGAGCAUGCCCUUAAAUAAACUCUCAGGAGGAGGAGGAGAGAGGCCAUGCCCACUUUAAGGGGGCUUGAGGAGUUGACCACCCAGCCCAAAACAUGAGGAUGCUUUUGAAGAGUCUCAGUGAGAGGGCUGAGACAGCUCAGACAAUAGCCUUAAGAAGUCUCUGUGCCCUAGUUCUCAGGCAGGCGUGAAUGAGCUGUGUAUGUGAACAUGAUGCAGAGCUCUUAAUAUAAGAUAAUGGUAAUUCAUGCUUGCUAUCAUAAACCCAAACAAAUAAAAUUGGGUGGAAUAGAAAUUAGGCAACAUUUCAUGACAGUUGUGACACAGAAAUUGUUCAAAUCGUUUUACUGUUUAAAUUUUAUGAUUUGAGUUUUCUGAAAAUAUACUUUCAUGUGUAAAUAUCUAUCCUAUGCUGUCUUAUCUUAACCUCCUUCCACAUGGACAUUUAACUCUGAAACUUGAAAACAUUAAAAUAGGAUAUAUUUUCUUGCUAAGCAAAUGAUAAUUUCCAUGUAUAUAUAUUCA